ACGAGCUCGGCGUCGGAUGGGAGUGGAGGAAGCCCCGGAGUAAAUUACAGUUCGGCAGGGACGGGGGAAGGUGGGUCUUGAUCGCGCUAAGUAGCCUUUUUAAGCACCGACAGCCCCACUCUUCUUAGUUCCUGCCGAGCCGUAACCGGUACGCGUUUUUUAGCCUCCCAUUUUCGAAAAUGCGACUUUCAUAAUGCAUUGACUAGGUUAAGCUUCUUUCUUAUCGAGUAUCAUGCUCCGAUCUGCCCGGCCCCGGUCCUGGGUUUGCUCCGCCUGCCUCUCCCGGCGGGCACCCCGGGUUCCUCAACGGCGCUGGCUCCAAAUAGCACCUGGAGUAGUGAAUCGAGAACAUGGCUCGAACCCGAUCGAUCAUUCCCCUCCCGGACAGCGGAUUGAGGACUCGAUUCUGCGCCAGAUCUUCGAUUCGCCCUCGGUCUGGAAGGCCUUCUCCAAGGCGCACGGGCACAAGAAUGUUGGGCUGUUCAGGAACGCAUACCUCACCGGGCCGGAAGGGUUCCGAUCAUUUGCCCGCGUGAGCUUGCGAAGGGCGCGGAAGAUUGUCGACAAGGUUCUAAACGCCUCCAGUGUGAACGACUACCGAGCCAUCGUGAGGGACCUGGACCGGCUGAGCGAUAUCCUCUGCCGGAUCCUUGACAUGGCAGACUUUGUGCGGGUGACACACCCAGAUCCGAAGAUACAGCAGGCAGCGUCGGAAGCCUGGGCCCUUGUCUAUCAAUACAUGAACGAGCUCAACACGACGACCGGACUGAACGACCAGCUAGGCAAGGCAAUGGACAAUAAGGAGGUCACGGCGGCAUGGACGGAAGAGGAGAUGACUGUGGCCCAGAUACUCAAGCUGGAUUUCAUGAAGUCGGCAGUCAACCUUCCAAAGCAUUCGAGAGACCGAUUUGUCCACCUCUCGCAACGCAUUAGCGAGGUGGGAUCUGCCUUCAUGGAAGAAAUGGCGCCGGAGCAGAGGCAGCUCGUGCUUCCGAGUAGCAAGUUCCAAGGGAUGGACCCGAUGAUGGCGAGAAAUUUCACAAGGCGGGGCUAUUUAUAUCUUCCUUCGAUGAGCUCCGAGGCGGCUGUUGCGCUGCGCAGUGUCCAUGAUCCAGAAACGAGGAAAGCGAUCUACUAUGCAACGAGGACUGCAUCAAGCAGAUCGGUCAACACUCUGGAGAGCACGUUGAAGCUACGCGCCGAGCUCGCGAAACUGUCUGGAUUUGAGAGUUACGCCCAUAUGGCUCUUCGGGACAGGAUGAUGGCCAAAUCCCCCGAAUCCGUGAAUCAGUUCCUUUCAGCCCUGGCUAAGAAUAACGCCCCCAUCGCCCGACGAGAGGUGGCGGAUCUCCUCGAGGAAAAACAGAAGCAUAAUCCCUCUGCCGCGGGCGUUUUAGAACCAUGGGAUAAGGACUAUUAUGCGGAGAGCAUUCGGCGUUCACUAAAAACCAGGCUCAGGCGAGAUGAUUUCCUGCCCGCCUAUUUCUCACUGGGGACAGUGAUGCAAGGUCUGUCGAGAAUCUUCACCCGGCUCUACGGCAUUCGGUUUGUAUCCAAAGAAACGCUACCGGGAGAGACGUGGCACCCAGAUGUGCGUCGCCUUGACGUGGUAUCCGACACCGACGGACACGUUGCUGUCCUAUACUGCGACUUGUUCUAUAGAGAGGACAAGUCCCCGAAUCCGGCCCACUUCACGGUGCGCUGCUCCCGCGAGAUCUCGCGGGACGAGGUUGUAGAAGCAGCUGCCGAGCCGGGAGAAGACCCGGAACUCCCUGCCUUCGAGACCCCGGAGGAGGCGGCAAAUGAUGGGAUGGCGCUGUCGAUGCAGGACGGCACUUUAAGACAGUUGCCCACGAUUGCGCUCGUAUGCGAUUUCCCGCAGACCACGGCCUCGGAGAACCGCCCGGCUCUUCUUAGCUUCUUCCAGAUGGAGACGCUGUUCCACGAGAUGGGACACGCCAUCCACUCGAUCCUCGCCAGGACAUCGCUACAGAACGUUGCAGGAACGAGGUGUGCCACGGACCUGGCGGAGCUGCCGUCCACGCUGAUGGAAUACUUCGCUGCUGACCCGACGGUCCUUGCCCUGUUCGCCUGCCAUCACGAGACCGACGAGCCGCUACCCUACGACCUGGUCGCCGAGAGGCUCCGCCUCUCCAAGAGAUUCGAGGGCUCGGACACGGAGAACCAGAUCGUCCUCGCCAUGCUAGACCAGGAACUACACUCGUCCCGCGCCCUGGAGCCGGGCUUCGACUCGACGGCCAUCUACCACGGCAUCCAGCGGGCGCACGGCAACACGCCCGCGGACGCGCCGGGGACGAGGUGGCAGGGCUUCUUCGGGCACCUCGUCGGCUACGGCAGCACGUACUACAGUUACCUCUUCGACCGGGUGCUGGCGGAGCACGUCUGGCGCGUCGUCUUCGCCUCGGGCCGCGGCGGCGCCGCCCUCGACCGCGCCAACGGCGAGCGGCUCAAGGAGAACCUCCUCAGGUGGGGCGGCAGCCGCGACCCCUGGCGCUGCCUCGCCGGGACGCUGCGCGACGAGAGGGUCGCUGACGGGGAUGAGAAGGCCAUGGCCCUUGUUGGGAGCUGGGGGACCAGCAGUACCUUUAAGGAGUGAGGGUAGCAGCUAUCUAUGUAACAUACUCUGUUCUAUACUCUGCCCUGUAACGUAAUGGCAGCAUGGCCUUGAGCAUUUAGGGGUUGAAGUGGGGCGAUGGAGGUGCAUCACAACUUCACAAGUGCCCGUACAUCAAUCAACAUGCAUGCAAGUAGUUGUUGCAGUUUGGGGAGUUU